CAGAAAGGAAUAGAAGGAUGGAAGGCAGGACUGGCACACAGACUCCACCCCCAGCCCAUGUGACUCCAGGAGGUGCCCUCCUCUGGGAGGAGGCUCAGGCCUGGGAAGAAAAGCAGAGCAGACACCAGAGCAGCCAGGCUUGACAGCAGCCUGAGAGGCAAACCUCCUCUCAGAGGAAGAACCUAGCAGGCAGCAGAGACCAUGGAGCUCACCUCAGCCCCUCUCCACAAAGGGCAGCUUCCCUGGAGGGGACUCCUGCUUGCAGCCUCACUUCUAACCUACUGGAACUCUCCUGCCACUGCCCAAGUCACCGUUGAAGCAGUCCCGCCCCUGGUUGCUGAAGGGGCAAACGUUCUUCUACAGGUCCACAAACUGCUAGAGGACCUCCAGGUCUUUUACUGGUACAAGGGAGACUCUGGGGAUGAAAGUAAUGAAAUUGCACGAUUCAUAAUAUCUACAAAUAUGAAUACAACAGGGCCUGCAUACAGUGGCAGAGAGAGAAUAUACCGGAAUGGAUCCCUGCUCUUGCAGAAUGUCACUGAAAAAGAUGCAGGAACCUACAUGUUACGUAUGAUAAAGAUAAACUAUGACAGUCCAACAACAUCUGUGCAGGUCCAUGUACACCAACUGCUACCCAAGCCCAACAUCAUAAGCAACAAUUCCAAUCCCAUGGAAGGUGAGGACUCUGUAGCUUUAAUGUGUGAGCCUAAGACUCAGAAUACAACCUACCUGUGGAGGAUAAAUGGCCAAAGCCUCUCAGAAGAUGGCAAGAGGGAGCUGUCUGACGACAACAGAACUCUCACUUUACUCACUGUUGUGAGGAAUGACACAGGACCCUAUGUGUGUGAAACACGGAAUCCAGUGAGCACCUCCCGAAGUGACCCAUUCACUUUGAACAUCACCUAUGGUCCAGAUGACCCCAUCAUAUCCCCCUCAAAUACUCAUUUCCAAUCAAGGACAAACCUCAGCCUCUCCUGUCACGCAGCCUCUAACCCACCUGCACAGUACUCUUGGUCUGUCAAUGGAGUGCUCCAGGCAUCCUCCCAAGAGCUCUUUAUCCCCAACAUCACUACUAAUAAUAGUGGAUCCUAUACCUGCCUCGUCUAUAAUUCUGUCACUGGCCUCAAUAGGACCACAGUCAAGAUCAUUACAGUCCUUGAGCCAGUGACUCUGCCUGUCAUCCAAGUCACCAAUACCACAGUGAAAGAACUGGACCCCGUGAUGCUGACCUGCAUCUCAAAUGACACUGGGGUCUCCAUCCGCUGGCUCUUCAAUGGCCAGAAUCUGGGGCUCACAGACAGAAUGAAGCUGUCCCAGGACAACAGAACACUCAGCAUAGACCCUGUCAGGAGAGAGGAUUCUGGGGAGUAUCUGUGUGAGGUCUCCAAUCCAGUCAGUUCCAAGAAGAGUGACCCCAUCCAGCUGGACAUAAUACCUGACCCAACACUAGGAAGUUCUGGCCUCUCUGCGGGUGCCAUCGCCGGCAUCGUGGUUGGAUCUGUGGCUGGGGUGACGCUGAUAGCAGCCCUGGCGUAUUUCCUUUAUUUCAGGAAGACUGGCCGGGGAACUGACCAGCGCGAUCUCACAGAGCAUAAACCCUCAGCCUCCAACCACAAUCUGGGCCCCUCUGACAACUCUUCUCAUAAGGGGGAUGAAGUCACAUAUUCCAUUCUGGACUUCAAUGCGCAGCAACCCAAACCACCGACUUCAGCCUCUCCAUCUCCAAGAGCCACAGAAGCAGUUUAUUCAGAAGUAAAAAAGAAGUGAUCACAGCCCAUCCUGCUGGCUGCACCAACGAUGCAUUUGCAGACUCUUUCCCUCACUAGAUCUCUGUACCCUGGAGAUGAGGGGACACAGACGCACACACACAC